CAGCUUGCCUUAUAGGGCGCUUGGACAUUUUCUGUUUUCUCUGGCACGCAGAUGGAAUAGUUUACUGUGUCGUUAUAAAGUCGACUUUUAUUAUUGGAAAUACAUCUCUUUUUUGUUAGAGGCAAUGUGGUGUGAUCGGCCGUAAAAUGGAGAUCAGAGAGGGAAAAUUCAACGUCAAUGAUUGAUUAGAUUUGCUUUGAAACUAGGAAAUAAUAGUGUAUAGCCGUAUUGAUAGUAUUAAAAGCCAUGGAUGAUGUAGUGUUUACAAGUGCAUACAUAUCUUACCUUUUCACGUGCUGUGUGUGCAUUAAUCGGUGAGGUAUCAAGGUAAACGUGAUGAGGGAGUAUAUGACGUCAAAUCCAGUUGUGGCGUUGACGUUAACGCUUCUGUUGUUAGUCUUAUGUCCUCGGGCGUACAGAGUUGUAGAAACGUGGGAACACGUAACAGUACGGUACGGGGUGUGGGAGGACCUUCCGGUGCUCCAGUCUGCCGCCUUCCAGAGGGGAUAUCGCCGCCUUAAUGACGUUUGCAAAACGGACUACUACCAUGGCUUCAUGUUUUCGCGAGGGGACAAUACCAAGGCAAUGCCUAUCUACGAUCUCAACGGUGCUCUAGCUGGAGUUCAGUCCAGGUUCCGGUUACCCAUUGGCCAGCGAGGCUAUAACUCUCAAAACGAGACCAUUUCCUUGCCACCGGUGGAGGUGAUGCCCCCUGUCCUAAAGGCGUUCUCCGACGGUCGAGGUAGUCAGCACUAUACCGUCACUGCGUACUUCAAUCACCCGAGCCUGAUCUGCAGUCCCCUUGUUUCCCCGGGCGUGCUGCCGGGGCGUGGCCUCUAUAUCCAGAUGGGCUUUAACCCCGCCCGCCACUUCCUGUCCGUGCCGCUACACGACCGUGACCUCUCGCCGUUAUGGGUCCGGGGAUCAUGUCUACCGCAGAUGGGUACGCAUUACUUCAGUAACCUAUCCCGCGCGCUACCGUGUGAGAAGCUCUACCCCCUGUUCCUCAUGUACAAUUGGGAGGGACAACUCGCGGCCUUUGGCUGGCUGUUCCAGGGACGCCCCUACUCCCUCCGGUCAAAUGACGGAGUUGAGUGGUUCCGUCUUACCACACCCACAUAUCCGUUCCUCUUUGACACGAGUCAACUUCCCCCGUGCAUGUUUCAAGAGGGUUUCCAGGUAUUCGGGAUCCACGUGUAUCUUCGACGACACGAGACGCUCGUGUGUCCACGUGAAAACCCGCAACGGUACCCACCUAGCGACAAAGCACAUGGCAAUAUACGUCAUAGCGCGCCAGCCUCCCAACAGACACAUGAUAUUAACAACAACGAGAAAAUAGACAUUCGAGGGAAUUACGAUGGAGUUAAUAUUUCUAGAGACGAACAGUUUAAUUCUGUGGACAUCAGAGAUAAAGCGAAUAGAAAACCAUCCUCCUCCAAUGAUUGCCCCGUCGCGAGAGAUUCCUCAUUGAUAUUAUUGACUUCUGUGAUUUUAUUAUUCAUGAGCGUUGUCAGAUAGCGAUACUGCAGAAAGACCGCUCUCAGGGAUAAUAUAAGCACUUUCAAUUUUCUGUGAUGGAUAUUGCGAAAUUGCCUUCGAAGUUUUGCCUUCUCGUUUGGCAUCCAAACGUCAGUGUGGAUGACAUUCCGUUCAUCCGGUUUCGCUCAAGACGCUAGCGCGCAAUUAUGGCACGCGUUCUUAUGGAUCGCGCUAUUCCGAGGACAAAAUCGAAACGAAUAUAUUUCGGUAUUUUACCGAAAACUGAAAUAUUGUUUGGAGGGGGUUAAAGAAAACAGAUUGAAGUCUGAAUGUAGGGGAGCUUUAUUUACGAAACAUUGGAGAGAUUCAGGCAUUAAGUCUGCACCAAAUGUAAUUGUUGUAAUAUCAUUCCAACAACCUAUCUUUUGGUUAAAAAAUGAAUUGUUUGUUUCCGACUUCACCUUCAAAAAAUGGGGUUGAUAUGUUAAAUUGUUUAGCUGUGGUUGAAUGCGAUUCACACACUUACAAUGGUUGACAUUGUCUCAUGACUCAUGUUAACUAGGCACUUUUACAACGUACAUUUCAUUCCGAUAAUUCGUCUUGUCGUCACAAAAGAAAACUCCGCAAAAGAAGUACCGAAAAGAAGUACCCACUAGAAGUAAACACAGAAUAUUCCAAAAAGACGUAACCGAAAGAAGUACCCACUAGAAGUAAACACAGAAUAUUCCAAAAAGACGUAACCGAAAGAAGUACCCACUAGAAGUACCCACUAGAAGUAAACAAAGAAAAAACCAAAAGAAGUAACCAAACGAAAUACCAAAAUAUUAAACAAAAGAAGUAACCAAAACAAAUACCGAACAGAAUAACCUACUAGAGUUAAAAAAAGAAAUAACCAAAAGAAGUACAAAAAGUAAAAGGGUUUACAAAUAAUGACGGGAUAUAUUUCGGUACGAUGCAAAAUUAAGCUCUGUCGGGAAACUGGACACACUUUUAUUUUAUAACGCCUUACCCUGGAAUGUUGCGAGGAGACCCGGGAGGGUUAUACUCAUUAAUGCAUAAUAAUAUGAUGUAAAGAUAUCAUACUCAUUAGAUGACAGUACGAUAUCGUAGCUAUUAUAUGAUCGUUAAAUCAUACGCCCGUUUAUAAUAGUCGAUGAGAAAUAAGGAGCCCGUGUUUCUGGGCAGAAAAAUCUGUUACCAAGAACGUUUCAAGUGGGUUUAUAAAAAGUUGUUAAUGGUAAAAUAAUUUGCAAUCGAAACAUGUCACAUUUGUUCAUUGGUAUUAAUCCGUAAUGAACAGAUGUUUCUCAGCUGUUACAUCGAUAUGGGAAAACAGACACGUUGAUCACCUUAAUGGUAAUUUUGAUCAAAGUUAUGCACCAGUCAAUUGUAACCACGGCCCCCAGGUCCGGGGAAUAUCGGAGACUUUGACUUUCGGUCCAGCCAACCGGGUAAAAUCUCCGCUCUGCGGGGAAGAACUGAUGGUCAAUUCCCCGCAAAAUGUCCCCGCACCCCAGGGAGCCUAGGUAAGGCAAAUUUCCCGCUAUAUUUUGCGCGAAGACAAAACCACCGCAUUCACCCGGCACUGCGGGGCCACCUGAAAGGUAAAAACACGGCCCAUUUUCCCGGCUAUCCCCGGUAUACCUCCGGACCUUGGGGGCCGUGGUUACAAUUGACUGGUGCAUUAGACUUUAUAUUAAAGCAUGCACUUAUUGGCAUCAUUUCAUUUUUUUCGAUACGAGUAAUAAUCGCUGUCGCCAUCACGUAUUAAUUAAGUAUUGCACUAAAUGACUUAAGUUAAUGAGCCAAUUGGCUUAACAAUCUUCUGUGACUUAUAAUAUGGUUGAUAAUGACGCCGUCUGAGUGCGUUUCGAAGCAAUUAUUCCAAAUGAUAAUGUCGCAAUCUUUAUUUAGAAUCUAAGUGUAAUUCUGAGCCAUCAAAUUCAUAAUAAACGUCAUAUUAGCGAUAAUGUAGCAAUCUAAAUGUGAUUUCGUGGAUUCUGAACCAUCAACUUCAAAAGGUUUAUGUCGACGAUAAUGGGUAAUGUCGCAAUCUAAGUGCAAUCAGUAACCAUUCAAGUCGGAACUUUCAUAUCUAUGUUAAUGCCAUCAUCUCAAAAUUUAUGUCACAAUUUGAUGUGACACUGAGACACCAAAAUAAUUAUCAAAUACAAGGAGUGAAAAUACAAGCACCGGAUGACCUCGCUAAGUCGGAUAAAAGACAGUAGUGGAACAAGUUUAUGUUUUGAUAAGACAUGUAACACUUAUUACCUUGCAUUAUCUGAAAACAUAGUGAUAUUAAACAUGUCGCAAUAUUGGUGAGAUUCAGGUCCCAAUAUCACGAAAAUACUUAAGUCAAAUUUUAAACUCAGUCUCAACUCAGUUUACUAUAUAAUUCAAAAUUUAUUGGAAACAAAAAUAUGCUUUCACAAUUCACAAUUUUAAAAACGCAUUCUUUUAUUGAAUGUUUUGAUCAUAACCUUUAGUCUAGAUUCCAAUUGAAAACCUUUUUAUAGCCAGAAAUGAACUUGAGUACAAUUCAUUGCCUUUUAACAAUUACUCAAGUACAUUUUUUGCUCUAGAAUAAGAUUUCUUUGAAAUAUUGUCAACAUCUUUCAAUAACACAUUCUAUGAGGAAAUAAAUUUACAAAAAGUAUGAAAACAUGCAAGAUUUUGAAUAAUACGAUGCUUGUACGAGGUAAACUGAGUUGAGAUAGAGAUUGAGAUUUGACUUAAGUAUUUUCGUGAUAUUGGGGCCUGGUAAUAUAAGGACUGAAAAUUAUAGUUACAUUUUCACUACGAAGGGAGGGGAAUGUGCCAAGUGACGGGGGUAAUGUAAAUAAGAAAUAAUAAUUUAGCGCAUUUUCACCCCGUCACUUGGUCAUUCGUCGCGAAAAAGCAAAAACAAAAACAUAAAUGGCAAAAAUGAGCUUGAGCCACCAAAUAAAAUAGAAACUUGUACCAGAUGAAGCACGAUGUUAGCACAGUCUGAUCAAGUACAGUCGAAUAUGGAGAACUGGUGACUUACAUGGAGGCAUGUAAUACGAUUUGAUUGGAAAGAUUGAUUAAGAAAGACGCUGCCAUGACAGCGUCAAUUACGGCUGACACCGGCCCAUGGUUGGAACAGGACUGGAAAACUAUACCUCGUUAUAGUGAUCACAUCGAUCUGUUUGGUUUAUAGGGAGAAAAGAAAAGAUUUUCCCUGAAAAAAAAGAACAUUCCGUGUUACAUGAGACAAAAACGCACCAUUAAGCAAGCGUUUUUCUUUAGAUUUUUUGAUGAUGAAGGCUUCAUUUGUUUCGGAUUACAAUGAGACUUUAUCACGGAAAUUGCUUAGACUCUUCACAUGAUAUUGUUCCUUCCUCCGCUCAUUAAUUUUAUCAAUGUUUCAAGUAUGUCUUUGAAAGUCUUUUAAAUAACGUUACCGUUCUGAAGUUUCCGUUGUGAUGUUGUUACCAUGGUUACCAGGUUAAUUAUCUUGUAAUAAAAGUUAUUUUCAUA